UAGAAAAAGCAAAAAGAAUUUACCAGAAUAAAACAACAAAAUAAAAAAAAUAUCUUGAUAGAAUUCGUCAAAAAAAUGGUACGUGUGGCUUUACAAAUUUCCGCAAAUUUGGAAAAUAUCGAAGAAUUAAAAACAUGUCAUCCCGACUAUGCGUUCUUCAUUAAAAUCACCUGUACAAAUUGUGGCGAAACUUCUGACAAAUGGCAUGAUAUUACAGAAUCUGAACGCACACAACAGGAUUCACGUAAUCCAAAUGGUUUUAAUUUCUAUAUGAAAUGUAAAAUGUGCGGCCGGGAGAAUUCCAUAGAUGUGGUGGAGAAAUCAAAUGAUGUUUACACCCAAGAAGAUAGUGGCAAAUUUAAGACCAUUGUUGUUUUCGAUUGCCGCGGCGCCGAACCAGUAGAAUUUUCACCUCGUGUUGGCUGGAUUGUUCGCUCGGUGGAUAAUGGUCAGACUUUUGAAGAAGUUGAUUUGUCCGAAGAUGAUUGGGUAGAUUUCGAUGAGAAGAAUAACAAUUCUGUUGGUGUUUAUGAAUUUGCUUCGAAAUUUAUUAAGUUGAAGAAGUGAAAUGUUUUUUUGUAUGACAUGUCUGCCUUUUGUUUAUAUUGCAUUUUAAAAAUGUAUGAUUUACAUUACUCUGAUAUUUUUUUGAGAAAAUUACUAAUUACAGUUAAUAUUAAUUAAAUUAAAUGAAUAAUAAAAAAAUGUAUGAUAUUAAUUGUGA